AUGAAGUAACUAAUCCUCGCAAUCUAUAAGUCGUAACCGUUAAAACCCUUUCCCCCCCACCUUCACAGCUUGACUCACUCAACUGCCACGCGCACGCACUCAGCUAUGGCACCCUACACAGUCCUCGUCGCCGUUUCACUCAGCCGCCGUUUAUUCAGACAAUCCCAUUUUGGCCACCGCCACCGCCGCUGCCUUCAUUCGGCGGUAGAGUAUCCUCUCUCUCACCCGAUUUACACAAUUUGGGCUUCCAACACUUCCCUCGGGAAAACCCUUGUCUCGGCCGGUCUCUCCAUGUCAUUCCUUUCCUCCUCUUCAGCACCAUUUUCUAAGAGGAGAUUUGUUUAUCUCAAGCCUAUUCAGACUGGGUUUCCUGAUGACUCUGAUUCAAGCUUUGUUUAUAGAAAAUUCUGCCAGUUUUACGUUUCCAAAUCACUGCCGUUUUCGGUUUUUGCUUCAAAUUCCGUUUUGAAAGCUUCCAUGCCGGCUGCGAAUGAAGUUCUAGGGAACGGUUUGCUAGCUGAAGGUGGUGAGUUUGGUUGUGGAUUGAAGAAUUUACAUUGGUAUGAGGAGAGGAAAUUGCAGGGGAGUGAGAGCAAUGGAGUAGAGCAGUUUCCAGUGUCGGAGGCUGUUUGUAAGACGCUGUAUGCGUGGAAAGAGGCCGUUUCACCUCAUUUAGCCGCGGAGAGGGAAGAAGCAAUGAUCAGUGAUUCUGAGGUUUUGGAUUUGUUGAGAAGAUGCUUAGAUAAUGAUACAGUAGGAAAUUCCGGUAGUACAGAAGAAGUGCAAGUCAUGAGUGUGAUUGAGACUGCUGGUGGCGUGGCCAGUCCUGGGCCGUCUGGAUCUCUUCAGUGUGAUCUAUAUCGCCCUUUCCGCCUCCCGGGUAUCCUAGUUGGGGAUGGACGAUUAGGUGGUAUUUCAGGAACUAUAUCUGCUUAUGAAAGUCUAAAGCUUCGAGGAUAUGAUAUUGCUGCUGUUGUUUUUGAAGACCAUGGCCUCAUGAAUGAGGUUCCGUUAUUAUCAUAUUUUCGAAACCGGGUGCCUGUACUAGUGCUUCCAUCUAUUCCAAAAGACAUGUCAGAUGAUCUGAUCUCCUGGUUCGACAAAUCUCAGACAGUUUUCACUUCUCUCAAGGAGAUAAUGCUCUCAAAUUUUCUGGAGAGGACCGAGAGAUUGCAUGAAAUGCCCCAGAAAUCAUGUGAUGCCUUCUGGUGGCCAUUCACCCAACACAAGCUUGUACCUGAGGAAAAGGUUACUGUCAUAGAUUCACGCUGUGGAGAGAACUUCUCUGUUCUCAAGAGUUCUGAUAUGAUUUCUCAACAAUUUGAUGCUUGUGCAAGUUGGUGGACACAGGGUCCUGAUGCUAACUUGCAGAUUGAACUUGCUAGAGAUAUGGGCUACACUGCUGCAAGGUAUGGGCAUGUAAUGUUUCCAGAGAAUGUAUAUGAGCCAGCCCUCAAAUUAGCUGAACUUUUGCUUGAAGGUGUAGGAAAAGGAUGGGCAUCUCGAGUGUACUUCUCUGACAAUGGGUCUACAGCAGUAGAAAUUGCUCUCAAAAUGGCAUUCCGCAAGUUCUUGUCCGAUCAUGAAAUGCUCUCGGAUCAUUUGAACUCUGAUGGAAAUGGAAAAUGCAUUGAUCUCAAGGUUUUAGCUCUUAGAGGAUCUUAUCAUGGUGAUACUCUAGGUGCUAUGGAAGCCCAGGCACCAUCCUCUUAUACUGGUUUUCUCCAGCAACCCUGGUAUAGUGGAAGGGGUCUCUUUCUAGAUCCACCAACAGUUGCUUUGUAUGAGGGCUCAUGGGAAGUUUCCCUCCCUCAGAAAAUGCAGUCUGUGAUUUCAGGUCAUGGAAGCUUGUCUUUCAGUUCACGUGAUGAAAUUUUCAAGAAAAGCCGAGAUGCUUCAGGUCUCGCAAGCCUUUACACUUCCUCUAUAUUACAAGAGUUGGAAUUGCUCUCAGAUUGUAAUGCGCUUUCCCACAUUGGAGCAUUGAUAGUUGAACCAGUGGUACAGGGUGCUGGUGGGAUGCAAAUGAUUGAUCCAUUGUAUCAGCGUACACUUGUUACGGAAUGCAAACGUCGAAAAAUUCCAGUGAUAUUUGAUGAGGUCUUCACAGGAUUCUGGCGCCUCGGAAGAGAGACUGCAGCUGAAAUGCUCUAUUGCGAGCCGGACAUUGCCUGUUUUGCAAAGCUGAUGACCGGUGGCAUCAUACCCUUGGCUGCUACAUUAGCUUCAGAGGCUACCUUUGAAGCAUUUACUGGAGAUUCUAAGCUCAAGGCUCUCCUGCACGGGCAUUCAUAUUCCGCUCAUGCCAUGGGGUGUGCGGCUGCUGUUAAAUCUAUCCAAUGGUUUAAGGACUGUAACACGAACAUGAAUCUGAUACCCGAAUCAAGAUUGCUUCAGGAUUUGUGGGAAGCGGAGCUAGUGGCGCGUAUAUCAUUUCUUCCGGCAGUCCAUAGAGUGGUAUCGCUGGGGACUCUCUGCGCCAUUGAAAUUCAAGCCGAAGGCUCCGAUGCUGGGUAUGCUUCGACGUAUGCAAGUUCUCUCCUGCAGACGCUCCGCGGAGACGGCAUCUACAUGCGGCCAUUGGGUAAUGUCAUCUACCUUAUGUGCGGGCCUUGCACGUCUCGGGACACGUGCCGUCGUCUCCUCGACAAAGUGUACGCCAGAAUUCACGAGUUCGGCCUACAGAAAGAAAAUCACGCAGCCUGUGCAGCGCGAGUUUAUUGAGGAUUUUUCAACAAUGCAUGGCUCUACUUUACUUACUACUGUUUUGACUUCAACACUCAAUGUUUUGGACCUAUUUCUUUGAGUUCAAAUGCGUAAGAUGGGUGUCGGUGAUUCGGAGAAA